AUGGCCUCGCGACUAGCAGCAUGCGAGUCCUGUCGCAAGGCCAAGCUGGCCUGCGACCAUCAACAACCAGUGUGUUCGCGUUGCCAAAAGAGUCGCGGCGUGUGUAUCUACCGCACGGCCCCAUUCAAGCGGCGGCGGGUCGAGAAACCGAGCGUGCGAUCGCCUGAUCCAUCUCCCUCAUUUGAACCCCGGCGCAAUCUGUAUCCGAAUCCUGGAUACUUAGGUUCGUCGAGCCAUGCUGCUAUUUUCAAACAUAUCACCCCGUCUACGGACGGUGAGCAAAGCACAAGUAACCAACUACUGGGCUCUGACAAUGUGAGCUCACAAUGGAUCGGUGAUAAUCACCUCUUACUCCAGGGCGCAGAUGUCCUGCGACAUCUAUUAACUACUUACUCCCUGUCGGCGAUGAAAGAUCUCGUCCUGUUCUGGCUGGCUAAGGGUGCGAAUCUAGCCCUCGCGGAACCAUUCGUUGCACAAUGUGCGGACAGUAUCAGUCAAUUGUUUACCUCGCAUGAUGAUAAAUGGCAUUUGGUGUAUGCCCAGCGUCUACUACAAAAUUCCGCUCGACUGUUACAGUUUGAUGCGUCUUCGGAUCUCGAGAGCUUUUCAGCGCAGUUUUUAGAUCAUAAUGCGCGGUGGGAAACAUUGGGUAUUUUCUUUGCGGCUGUGAGCCGAGCGACCAUCGAUAUUCCCUUUUUUCCACUGCUCUACAAUACCGAGGAACAGCAGUAUACGUUGAGACGUCUGGCCACUAAACUAAGUGAUUUCUCGUUGGAGAUCUCGCUCUCGCUGGACUGUCUCAAUGAUCUGCAGCUGAUGGUGCAGUAUGAGAACUUCAUUGUACAUUCCUACGUGGAUGGUGACCAAAGCUAUCACACCUGGCGCAAGCUUGGAGAUGUAAUUUCAUCCACCUUCGCCCUGGGAUAUCACGAGAAUCUCGAAGCGAAGCCUGGAAUCCCAGUUUUCCUCAUGGAAUUGAGGAAAACGGCUUUUGCCCGGAUCUAUUCUGCGGACAAGAAUAUCGCCAUCUUCCUUGGCCGCCCACCACGCAUGAACAAACGCUUUUGCCACUUCCAGAUUCCAUCUGAUGGCACAAUUGUACGCUCACUUGGAAGUCGCUUUACUUGGAGCCCGGAUGCAAGGGCUGGAUAUAGAGCAGAUACAUGCUGGUCUGCUCUUUGUGCUUCUUUGAAAGAGGAAGUCUGGGAAUUGCUGCAAGAUAAGCAAGAUGCUGAAUGUGUGCGGAGGGCAAGCAUAAUUCAGCGAAGAGCCGAGGAGCAAUGGGAGGCCCUACCAUCCCAAUUCCGACUGGAGAGCAGCCUGAAGCAGUGCGCGCAGAGCCCAUUCGACCGGGACUUCCUAGCACAUGUUCGGCUCAACCAUCUACAUGUCCUGUUCUUGCUUAGGCUGCUACUUCUAAAAACUCUCACCGAGCCCGAUAUCCCCAUCAUCGAGACCGCGGGACAAAUGCUUGCUCUCGUGGUGGAGCUCAUCCUACUACGCGACCAAUUGACCAACUCUGGAACUGGUCUCAUUUGGAAAGUCGCAUACUAUGGCCUCCCAGCAGCGGGCAUUGUCCUCCUGGCAUUACUAAAACAACACUCCCACUCAGCACCAGGGAUAUCACGAACGAAAAUCUUGCGAGAUUUGAGUGUCUUCGUCGCAGAGGUACAAAUUGGAACGAUAGUGAAAACAGGUGAUCCGAAUUAUGCGUUAUUAUCCAAAGCCACGCAGACGAUCCAGCGGUUCCUGGACUCGUUCAAUUCGGAUACAGGACAGCCUCAUGAUGCCGGAACCGAUGAUGCGAAUGAAGAUUGGGCGGCUCUACUGAGUCAGGAUUUGUGGGAUUUCGAGGCUGGGUUUUGGCAUAGUUUGGCUGAUCAUCCGUCUCUUUUGGUGCUGGAUCCACCAUUGCCUAGUGUGUGA